ACUGGAGUUGUGCCCAUCGAUCAGUGGGUGCUCUCAGGCUAAGCAUAUAAAAAAUCAAGCAAGCAAAGCGUGCCUUAUCAUUGAAAGACUCAGGUGUUGGUUGACUGCUUUAAGACCUUUUCAGAAUGAAAUCCCUGGUUGCAUCCCUACUGCUGGUCUUCCUUAUUGGGACUCAGGGUCACUCAAUUCCCCAGGAAAAAAAUACUGAACAUGUAAGACCUAGUGCUCAAGAGAGUCUGAAACGCAUGAUUACUGGUGUCUAUGUGAUUGGAGCAGAGUUAGUAGGAAUGCUUGAUUCAACAGAUUCUCAAAAGAUAGAACACUUGCAGAGCAGAGCUGAAACAUUAUUUUUUGAUACAUACAACAUGUUAUUUGUAAUUGGUGACACCAUUAUGGAAACCUUUAAAGAAGUGGAUAAGGAAAUUACUGAACAUCACCCAACAUACAAGACAAAGGUCUUACCCAUUGUCAAGGAAUACGCCGAAAACGUUAUAAAAUUCGUAGUGUCUUUGAAAGAUGAAAUUCUACCUUAUGUUACUAAGGCUAAUACAGAGGCCUUGAAAAUUCAGUUACAAUUUCUUUCAGAAAUGAAAAGUUUAUUUGAAGGUCAUGUUGACAAACUGAACUCUUUUAGGGAGGAUAUGAAUGCCAAGAUUAAGCCCUUUGUAGAGCAAGUCCAGCAAGAACUGAAAGCAGCAGAGAAGGAAGAAUCUGAUCAUAAGCACUUAACUGAAGAACAACGCCAAAUAUAUAAAGAUUUAAUGAAGAGUAUGGCGCCAUACCGUGAAGAAGAAGCUAAGAAAUUUUUUGAAUUUCUUGACAAAAUCUCUACCAAAGCCUAGAUAUUUGUUCAGGAGACAAAAGAACAAAAGAUGUUUUCCUUAGCUCUAUCAGUCCUAAUAAAAAAGUAUGUUUUAAAGGC